UAGAGUGUGUCUGAGAAAGUGAGAGAGAGAGACGAGAGGAAGUAGUAGAAACUCUGAUUUUCUAACGAGAGAGAGAUGACAAGGAACUCUGAUUUUCUUGGGGCCAUAAAAGAAAGGAAUAACGGAAGCUUCUUCAUGAUUCUUCAGACUGUAAAUGUUUCUUCAGAAUGCAUGCGAGCACUUCCUCAUGACUUUACGAGAAGCUUCUCGGACAAAGAGCUCUCCUGUAAGAUGAAGAUAAGAACGCAAUGGGGACGCUCUUGGGAAGUAGGGAUUUCCAAAAACCCGAGGUUCUACUUCAUGGAGAUGUCCGGAUGGGAGAAGUUUGUGAGUGACAACGCCUUGGGACACAGUGAGUUUAUUACCUUCACUCACAAAAGGAAGAUGGACUUUACUGUGAAUAUCUUUAAGCAAGACGGCAAGGAGAUGAUCCAACCUCCACAACCCGCAGCCUUCUUGGCUUCUUCAAGCAGUAUCAAAAUAGAACAAGAGGGAGAUGACAAGAGGGAAGAGGUGGUGGUGCCUUCUGAGUUGAGUAAUCGUGGCCGGACAACAGCAGCUGAAUCUAAUGGUAGGGAGCUCAAGUUUGGGAAGAAGCCAGCUGAAGGAUCCCAAAGUUCUAAGAGGGCUGAGAAGCUGGUUUUUCCCGGGAGAGGUUCCCCAGGAGCCUCUUCCUCUACUGCUUUCAAAUUCACCAUAAUCAUCAAGAAACCAUACUUGCUACAAUACCUGCUGAUACCAAAAUCUGUUGCAAACUAUCAUCAUAUGCCGAAAAAGAAGGCAACGUUCAAGAUCCAUCAUCCAGAUGGGAAAAGGUCAUGGGAUGUGACUUAUCUGUUAAGAGAGACGCAAGACAUUUUCUCUGCUGGAUGGCUACGUUUGUGUAAGGAUUACCCUCUUGCUGUUGGGAAUACCUGCGAAUUCACACUCAUCAAACCAAAAGAGCUGCUUCUUGUUGUCUCCAUACCCUAAGAGAGUCGCUACUCGCUAAUAAUGAUGGAUGUGAGGGGUGUCUUGGAGAAGAACCCACUGAGGAAAAAAGACUUUG